GUACUGUUGGCGUUCCAUACUUUACCAAAUAUGGCCAGUGCGGGGCGUGGGAGAGUCUGCCACCGCUGCUGCUGCUGCGCCCUCUCCGUGGAUGGAUGCGCCGACGCGUCACUUUACGCACGGUGGAUACACCAAGUUUGCACGCAACAAAACGGAAAAACCAAAGCCUAUAAACCGUGUGUGUUUUGGGAACAUGUGAUGAACCUGGAGGGACGCUGAGUGUGGAGGAAGUUAUCAUCUCUGGACCGCGUCUGUGAAAGACUCGACAUAAAUCCUGGUUCAAGCCCUUUCAGGUCUAGACUGACUGUAGUUUUCCCAUCAUGCCUUUAGUCGCGUUUCCUACUUCCCAGCUACUGUGGGUCCGUGUCGCCGCCCUGGUGUUCAGCUGUGUGGCGUUUAGCGUCGCGGCCCAUGGAGCCGCAGUGUCCCACGGAGGAAUGGGUGACUGGUGCAUCUUCUGCUGGGUGUUCAGCUUCGCCUGCACGCUCGUGGUCCUCCUGGUGGAGCAGUUUGGUCUCCAAGCCCGCGCCCCCGUGUCCUGGUCCAACUUCCCCAUCACCAUUGCCUGCUACGCUGCACUCCUCUGCCUCUCUGCCUCCAUCAUCUUCCCAGUUUGGUUCCUGAAAGAGCAAAGGUUCUAUGGCGAGAUUCGCGACUAUCGCAUCGCCGCCACCGUCUUCUCCUGUUUGGCUGCCAUAGCCUACAUGGGGGAGGUGUGCAUCACCAAAGCAAGACCAGGAGAGGUGGCGGGCUACAUGGCUACGGCUCCAGGCCUGCUAAAAGUGUGCCAGACCUUUGUGGCCUGCGUGAUCUUCAUCCUGGUCAGCGACCCUGUGUCAUACGACCAUCACGCGGCGCUGAAGUGGUGCAUGGCGGUGUACUGCAUCUGCUUCAUCCUCUCCAUGGGCGUGGUGGUGCUGUGCGUCUGUGAAUGGACCGGAUGUCUCCCAAUCCCCUUCUCCAAGUUCCUGUCGGCUUAUGCGCUCCUGGCGGUCAUCAUGUACUUAAGUGCGACCAUCAUCUGGCCCGUGUUCCAGUUUGACAGUAAAUACCACGGCAGAAGCCAAACGUCGUCCAAGCUGAUCGCCGUGUCCGUGCUCACCGCUCUCAACUUCUUACUUUACCUCGCUGACCUCAUCUACUCCGCACGGUUGGUGUUCGUCAGCGUUUAAGAAGAAGGAAUGAAGGAGGGAAUCACAGCCGGCGAUAAGAGCUCGCCACACGCGGCAAACACGUGUAGCUUCCACUGAAUUUAUUUAGUCGUUUUGUAAACCGCUGUCAUCAUUCUGAUCAUCAUUCUUCAUUAUUCUGUUGUGUUUAAGUCUGGACCGUGGGACAAAAUUAGAAUCACGAGACAAACGCCACACCCCAACUACACCACCAGAAGAUAAAUUAUAUAAUUACAAAACUGCAAAUCCUCAUUAUGGCACCAAAAAAAAAAAAAAAAAAAAUCAUCAUCAUCAUGACACGUGAAGACGGACAAAAUAUAAACUCAUAAUUGUAA